ACUUACUUGCUAGCCGGUAUUGUCGUGUCGCUCAAUAGUCUCCCAAAUUAUUCAAUUUUCACUCAAAAGAAGUCUAAAUUCAGUGUUCGGUUGAAGGAAAAAAACCCUCAAUGUUGACAAACAACGAGUUACGAAAGCAUUUCAAUCAAAUGAAAUAACAACUCGAACUCGUCUACUUUUUCUGGGUCAUCUGUCCGACGCGUGUUUGUGGCCUUCAUCGAAGAAGAAGUGCUUGGUGUAGUAGAUGCUGUGUCAGUGAGAACUUUUCGUCGCUGUGACAGUCGCAGAUGAAAGUCAUACUGGAAAACAUCAAUAUCGGAUAAGCGCAGUGUCGUUCAAAUCGAGGGAGGGAGCUACAUCUCACAAGGCUCCUCCUCUAGCUAGUAGGGCUGGGACUGCAUAAUGCGAUGUGAUUUGUGCUAAAGUGUCUCUUUCGGGAGUUGUGUGCUUCUUCUGCUACGUGAUGUCAUUGACUCGUAUCGAGUCUGCGGAAUGAAUCGCAAAUGAAAAGAAAGUUUUGUGCUGAGUUGAAAUAAAUGAACGACUCGAAGCGCAGUGAAUUCCACUGCAGUCUAGGUGCGAAUGGAUUACCUUAUUUCGAUCUGAAGAAUAACUGUCUGAAGAAACCAUACACGUGAUUUUACUUGUUUACGGCGUUAGUUAUGACUCACUGUGAUUCAUUCGAAAGGUUCGAAAGUGAAUAAAUCGUAAACCGGUCAGAUCCAGUUGCAUGGCAUAAGUGAUGAAAAGACCUGCGACACAGUCACGAUGUGUCACCCCAGGAAAAACCGCGUUCUAAUAGUGUUUUGGAAAAUCAUCGUGAACAGUUUCGUUACAGUGCAUAUGAAGAAAUUAACACCCUGAGUGAGGGAGGCAUCGUAAGUGUGUUUUAUGUGUGGAUUGAUGAAAAAAAUUUUGUUUGUCCGAAAGGCAUUUUCCGUUGGGUGCCAACAACACCACUGUGACCAAGUACUGCUCUAGCCUCAAAUCAGCACGAAACGGCCAUCAAAAUAUGCCACAAGUGCGAGAGUUCCUGCGUGGAAUAAUAAUUAGAAUCCGAAGGAGUCGCCACAUUCCGAACUUUUGCUGGAACAAAAAGGUGAAAGCAAACCAGAAUGACGAUGAUGCCACAACCUCCGGGGUAACGUUGGACGAUAGUGAUAAGCGAGUGAUACUGUUGAAUCAAACUCAACGACAAAAGUACUGCAACAAUCAUAUCUCGACAGCAAAGUAUAGCGCAAUAAGUUUUAUACCAUCGUUUUUGUUCGAGCAGUUCCGGCGGUAUUCGAACUGCUUCUUUUUGUUCAUCGCGCUGCUGCAGCAGAUUCCGGAUGUCUCGCCAACCGGUCGCUACACCACCCUAGUACCUUUAAUAUUUAUUUUAUCUGUAAGUGCUAUCAAAGAAAUCGUCGAGGAUAUUAAGCGGCACCGGGCCGACGAUGAGAUCAACCAUCGCGAAAUCGAGACGCUGCAGGGCGGCCAGUGGCGAUGGAUCAAGUGGAAAGAGCUGUCCGUCGGCGACACCGUCAAGGUGCAGAACAACACCUUCUUUCCGGCCGAUCUGGUGCUGCUGUCCUCGAGCGAACCGCAGGGCAUAUCAUUCAUCGAGACGUCCAACCUGGACGGGGAGACGAACCUCAAGAUUCGUCAGGGCGUUCCUGCCACGGCCAAAAUUCUUGAAACCAAAGAUUUUAUCCAGUUUUCCGGCACGCUGGAAAGCGAACCACCCAAUCGGCAUUUGUACGAGUUCAACGGGGUGCUGAAGGAGAGCGGGAAGCCCGCGGUAGCCCUCGGCCCGGACCAGCUUUUGUUGCGGGGCGCCAUGCUACGGAACACAUCCUGGAUAUUCGGCAUCGUCAUCUACACCGGUCACGAUACGAAACUUAUGCGAAACUCUACCUCAGCGCCACUCAAGCGCUCAACUGUUGACAGACUGACAAAUACGCAAAUUUUAAUGUUAUUUUUCAUUCUAAUCUUUCUUUGUAUCGUGAGUUGCAUUUUUAAUCAAGUUUGGACUAAACAGCAUUACAAAACCGAUUGGUAUCUAGGCAUAAGUGAUUUAUUAAGCAAAAACUUCGCCUACAAUCUUCUUACAUUUAUAAUUCUGUACAACAAUUUAAUUCCAAUAUCACUUCAAGUUACGUUGGAGUUAGUUCGGUUUCUUCAGGCAAUCUUCAUCAACAUGGACAUCGACAUGUAUCACGAGGAAUCGGACACUCCCGCGAUGGCCCGAACGUCCAACCUGAACGAGGAACUCGGCAUGGUCAAGUACAUCUUUUCGGACAAAACGGGCACCCUAACGCGCAACGUGAUGGAGUUCAAGAAGUGUUCGGUGGCACGCACCAUCUACAAUCCGGAAGAUAACCCGGCCCAGUCGCAGCUAGUGCAGCACAUUCUGAACAACCACCACACCGCUGCCAUCCUGCGGGAGUUUCUAACCCUGAUGGCCAUCUGUCACACGGUGAUACCGGAGAAAUCCGACAACGAGAACAUUAACUACCACGCGGCAAGUCCGGACGAGCGGGCACUGGUCUACGGCGCUAAAAAAUUCGGCUACGUCUUUCACACCCGCACACCAAACUACGUCGAAAUCGAAGCACUUGGCGUUCAGGAACGGUUCGAAAUACUGAACGUACUCGAGUUUACCUCCACGCGCAAACGGAUGUCGGUUAUUGCGAAGAAUUCCAAGGGUGAAAUUAAGCUGUACUGCAAGGGUGCGGAUACGGUGAUCUAUGAAAGGCUAGCCCCGAACGGACAAGCCUAUCGGGAAGCUACGCUCCAGCAUUUGGAAGAAUUCGCAACCGAAGGCCUGCGGACGCUCUGCUGCGCGGUGUCUGUCAUUCCCGAUGACGUCUACGAAGACUGGAAGCACACGUACCAUAAAGCGUCGACUUCGCUGCAGUACCGCGAACAAAAGGUGGAAGAUGCGGCCAAUCUAAUCGAAACUAACCUAAUGCUGCUGGGUGCGACAGCAAUCGAAGACAAACUGCAGGACGGUGUACCUGAAACCAUAGCCUCCCUUAUUGAAGCCAAAAUCAACGUUUGGGUGCUGACCGGAGAUAAGCAGGAGACGGCCAUUAACAUUGGCUACUCGUGCAAGUUGCUGUCACACGGCAUGGACUUAAUUAUUUUAAACGAAGAUAGUUUAGACAACACCCGCAACUGCAUUCAGAUGCACAUAGCGAAUCUGGGCGACCAGCUGCGGAAGGAAAGCAACAUGGCGCUCAUCGUGGACGGCAAAACGCUGAAGUACGCGCUGAGCUGUGAUUUGCGGACCGAUUUUCUGGAUUUAUGCAUUUCGUGCAAAGUGGUCAUCUGCUGCCGGGUUUCGCCCAUCCAGAAGGCGGAUGUGGUCGAUCUGGUGACGACCAACACCAAAUCGGUAACGCUGGCCAUCGGCGACGGGGCGAACGAUGUGGCCAUGAUACAGAAGGCGCACGUCGGUGUCGGCAUUUCCGGCGUCGAAGGGCUGCAGGCCGCGUGUGCAUCCGACUAUUCGAUAGCACAGUUCAGUUAUCUGCGAAAGUUGCUGCUGGUGCAUGGAGCGUGGAACUACAGUCGAGUCUGCAAGCUGAUACUGUACAGCUUUUACAAAAACAUUUGUCUGUACGUUAUUGAGCUGUGGUUUGCUAUUUACUCUGGAUGGUCCGGCCAAAUCUUAUUCGAACGAUGGACAAUCGGUUUGUACAAUGUGUUUUUCACCGCAUUGCCACCAUUUGCGAUGGGUCUUUUCGAUAAGGUGACCUCGGCGGAGCAAAUGUUAAAAGAACCAAGGCUUUAUGAACCAUCCCAAAGUGCCCAACUAUUCAACGUAAAAGUAUUCUGGUACUGGAUCUUCAACGCUCUGGUCCACUCGGUGCUCUUAUACUGGCUGCCAAUGUUUUCCUACCAGGGCGACGUGAUCUGGGGGAACGGACGGGACGGUGGUUAUUUAGUGUUAGGAAAUAUAGUUUAUACUUACGUGGUUGUUACGGUUUGUCUGAAAGCCGGCUUGCUGACAAACUCCUGGACGUGGCUGACGCAUUGUUCCAUCUGGGGCUCGAUUGUGCUGUGGUUUAUGUUUAUUUAUAUUUACAGUAAUAUUUGGCCAACGAUACCGGUUGGUGCGGUGUUUACCGGCAUGGACGAUAUGAUUUUCUCAUCGCCCGGUUUUUGGCUGGGUUUAUUCCUGAUACCCAUAACGGCUCUACUGCCCGAUGUCGUAGCAAAAGUGAUAAAGAACAGAAACCAGGACCUAGCAGCUCCCCAUCCCAUCAAGGAAUCGCGUUCAUCAUGGCUUCGCUUUCUCCCAGGAGGAAGGUGGAAGCGUGACGCAAACCGACGUUAUCAGAGCCUACGACACCAAUCUGCCCAAACCGGAUGGGAAUUGAGAGUUCCGACCCGAUUUUUGCUGCGGAAACUAUUUUUCCGUGUGCUAAAGCGAAAGCGUCGACGGCAGCAGCAGCAUCAAUCCAGCCGGAAACAUCAGCAGCCACCGCACCUGGGCCUGCUGCUGUGAUGAUUCCGGUGAGUCGUCGACCACCCAUUCGAUGGAACAGCUGUCAGCUACUUUUACUCCAGGAAUUAAGUAACAUUAACAAUAUGCGUAAGUAUUUUUGUGUAAAUGUGUGUAUAAAGUUGCAGAAAAAAAUGGAGAAAGCACUCUUAUUUAUACAUACGUAUUUGUCAGAACAGAUUAAAAUACAAAAUGUUUGAUGUGCAAGCGCCAGGGUAUAUUUAUAGUGGAAGAUAAUUCAUAAUAUUUAUUUUGCGUCGUGUAACGUGAAAAAGUAUUUAUUAUUAUAAUAACGUGUUAGCUAAGCGAUAACGGUAAACUGCAGUGUUGAAAGGAGUAAGGGCAACAACUAUAAAAAAUAUCAAGAUAAAAAGUAUUAUUUUUGUAUCAAAAAUCUAAAUCAAAUCAAUUAUACAAAUUGUAAGCUUUUGUCUUGUUCAGAACUGUUUCAUUUCUACCUUUCAACUUCGACUGGAUGCUUUUCUACUCAGAAAUAGUUUAGUUUUUCUACGGAAACAAGUUAACAUUUGAACGCAGAGAUAUGAAAUAAUAGGAAAAUUUAACAGUAACAACACACUACACACCGUCAGAAAAAAAAUAAAACUAAAAAAACUGAUACAAACUAGAAAGAAUUUGGUAACGCCUUGAUAAAAACAAAACUAACAAACAUUCGUAACACUUAGUCUAAUGGCAUGCAACAAUUUACACAAACCACAAACAACUUGAAGCAAACAACAGCUACUCAGUCUGUGAGAAAAACAUGUGAAUAUCUAUGGAUAAUGUAAAAUCAGUCACACAACUAUCAUCUCUCUAAUCAGUAGAAAUAAUCGGAAAUCGGUUCAUUGCUGUACCCGAACCCUUACGCCGAUGAACCUGGCACACAGUAAUUCACAGUAACUCGGGAAUACUCGCGCUCUAGGAAGAAUGUGAACAACAAGUACAUACCUACAUACAUACAAUUAGGCAGAAAAUACAAAAACCGACAGUUUAAUAUCUUGGUUAAAUGUUUAUUGUUGGGGAAGUUAAAUCCAGUCAAAUA